GUGUGUGUGUGUGUGUGUGUGUGUGUGUGUGUGUGUGUGUGUGUGUGUGUGUGUGUGUGUGUGUGUGUGUGUGUGUGUGUGUGUGUGUGUGUGAGAGAGAGAGAGAGAAAGAGACAUUUGAUGCAUUUUCCGUCUUUUGUCGUCAUCUUUAGCACAUUUAGUGUGGACCACCAACGUUGUUGUGCGUGUGUGUGUGUGUGUGUGUGUGUGUGUGUGUGUGUGUGUGUGUGUGUGUGUGUGUGUGUGUGAGUGUGUGCGUGCGCGCUCAUCUCAGCCAGAUAAAGAGAAGUGAAAGUUGCAAAUGAUGUGCAGCUUCUUGGCAACCCAAUCAGGUUUAGUUUCAGGAUGGAGUAGAUUUCAUAUUAACUGUCGUGUUUUUCUUGCCGCGUACUGAAAAAAAGUUGUGGUAAUGUGAGAUGUGUGGUGCUCAAUCUGCUGUGUGUGUGUGGUUUUGUGCACGCAGAGGGAGUGAGAGCUCCACACACAACUCAGGAAAGUCGUAGGCAAGUGUUGAUUAUCAUUCAAUGUUAUGCGAAUACCAUCCUAAUUGACAAACUUUGCACAGAUUUCUGUCUUUGAAGGUGUAAAUCUGACAUGUUUCAAUGAAGAAAUUCAACACAUUUGACAGUUGACCCUGUGUAAACCUCAUGUGUAGUUACAGUGGCAGCACUUGCUCACACCCUUCUGUAGUUCACGCGUCGCCUCCUCCUCUGCAUUUCCUCAACCCUACACUUUCACACUCACUUUGUGCACCGUGACCAACAGGACAACAAUAAAGCUCAGCUAGAAUCCCGUGUCUACUGACGACCUCCAGCAAUGGGAUGACGUUGUGAUGAGCCAGGAUGAGCGCCGAGCCCCUCUUGAAGGAGACGCUGAUCAAGCGUUCGCAGCAAAAGAGGAGGACAUCUCCGCUCAACUACAAGGAGAGGCUGUUUGUCCUCACCAAGAGCAGCCUAAGCUACUAUGACGGCAAGGCAGAGAAAAAGUAUUGCAGAGGCUCCAUUCAGCUGAGUCGCAUCAGGUGUGCGGAGAUCGUCAAAGACGUUGGGGGGAUCAACCCCUGCCAUUUUAAAUACCCCUUCCAGGUUGUGCACGACACCAACACACUCUAUGUGUUCACACCGAGCCAGGAGAGCAGGACGUUAUGGAUUCAGCACAUUAAAGAGGAGAUCCGAGACAACCAGGAGAUCCUGACCAAGUUCCACCCUCAGUUCUGGUGUGAGGGGGCGUGGCUCUGCUGCCGCCAGGAGGAGAAGCAGGCCCCUGGUUGCGAGGAGUACAACCUUUUCGGAGAUGCUUCCAGGAAGCCGUUACCCCCGAUUCCCGCAGAGGAAGGCAAAGAUGGGAGGUGCCGGCGGAUGCUUCCUCCCGAGGUGGAUGAGGAAGAUGGCGACGCUCUGGAGGAGAUAGUGGUGGCACUGUAUGACUUUGCGGGCAGUGAGCCGCACGACCUGCAGCUGGUCCAAGGAGGCGAGUAUGUGAUCGUGGAACGCUGCGACCUCAACUGGUUCAAAGCACGCAACCAGCAAGGGGAAGAAGGCUAUAUCCCGAGCAACUAUGUCACUGAGAAGAAAUCGGGAAACCUGGCGCGGUUUGCUUGGUACAGCAAACAUGUCAACAGGAACAAGGCGGAGGAGCUCCUGCGGAAAGAGGACAAAGAAGGCGCCUUCAUCGUCAGGGAGUCUAGCACUCAGGGAACGUACACGGUAUCGCUCUACACCAAGUCUGCGGCGGGGAAGGGAGGCGCCGCCAUUAAGCAUUACCGCAUCAGGGAAACCCGAGGCAUGCCGAAACAGUUUUACCUGGCGGGGAAACAUGUGUUUGACUCCAUUGCUGAACUCAUCAACUACCACCAACACAACGCAGCAGGUCUUGUCGCUAGGUUGAGGUAUCCCGUCGGCAAACAGGACAAGUCUGCCCCCUCCACGGCCGGCUUCAGCUACGAGAAGUGGGAGAUAAACCCCAGCGACCUCACCUUCAUGAAAGAGCUGGGCAGCGGUCAGAUGGGGGUGGUGCGACUCGGCAUGUGGAGGGCGCAGCAUCAGGUGGCCAUUAAGGCCAUCAAGCGCGGCGCCAUGUACGAGGAGGACUUCAUUGAAGAGGCCAAACUCAUGAUGAUGUUGUCCCAUCCCAAGUUGGUGCAGUUGUAUGGCGUGUGCAGCCAGCAGCGGCCCAUCUACAUCGUCACUGAGUUCAUGGAGCACGGCUGCCUGUUGGACUUCUUGCAGCAACGGCGCGGCACCUUUAGCCCGGCCUCGCUGCUGAGCAUCUGCUUAGACGUGUGUGAGGGCAUGCAGCACCUGGAGAGCAAUAGUUUCAUCCACAGAGAUCUGGUCUCUUCUCACACGGGAGCCAGGAACUGCCUGGUAAAUGACUCCCUGAUGGUCAAGGUGUCUGACUUUGGCAUGGCCAGGUACAUUUUGGACGACCAGUACACCUCAUCAUCAGGAUCCAGGUUUCCAGUCAAGUGGUCGCCUCCUGAAGUCCUCAACUUCUGCAGACAUAGCAGCAAAUCUGAUGUCUGGUCCUACGGUGUGCUGAUAUGGGAGGCUUUCACCGAAGGCCGCAUGCCAUUCGAGCAAAACAAUAACCAUGAAGUCGUCACCCUGGUAACCACAGGUCACCGCCUCUCCAGGCCCAAACUAGCACCUGCUGCCGUCUAUGACAUCAUGCAGAUGUGCUGGCAGGAGAGACCUGAUGACCGUCCAUCCUUCUCUCAGCUCUGCUUGAUGAUCUCUGAUGCCCUAGAGGGCGAUGCUGCACUUGCCAACUGACAGGCUAGUCACUUCUGUCACAACAGUAACACUUAAAGACGCACAUUAUAUGUGAGGAUGCUAUGGUCGCAAAAUAGUUCAUUGGAAGUGUGUUGACCAAAAUGUUGCCUUACUGCUAAAAUUUUGAUUAAAUUGGAUUUUAAUAAGUCUUAACUGGAACAUGCGUUUUUUAACUUUAACUUUUUGUUGUUGUUUGUCUACAUUAGUGACACAAGCUAUGUAAGCUACAGUGCUAACAACACAGUCCCAUUUGGCAACAACAUCUUGCUAGAUUCACCAGUUUGGUGAAGAAAAACAAAAUGGCCACACUUGCAGUUCCAUCGCUGCUGAGUGACGGAUGGAUAACAACACAUGGGUGGGCAUAUACUUGGGGCGGACUCAUUCAACUAGGCGGUAUCAUGUCCAUGAGGAAGGACGUUUUCCCUUCAUGAUGUUAUGAAAAGCUGCAACUUCAAAAGCGACUGCAUUUGAGCGCCUCUUCUCACAGAAGUGGAGCAAACAAGUGAGGGAGAUGAUAGAUUUUUCUCAUGUUUGGUGCUAAUUAACACACUCUAGGGUAGGACUAUUCAGCUGGGGUUCGGGGGCCAAAUCCAUGAAGACUUUCCAGCCAAACAACAGAAAUUAGGACCUUUUUUUAAUGGCGCUCACAAGUAUGGAAGAAUAGACAAUGUAGGCUUCGUACAGCAAGUUUUAAUCGUGCCACCGGUAUGACACAAAACUUUAAUCAAUCAAUCAACAUUUAUUCAUAUAGCCCUUAAUCACAAGUGCCUCAAAGGGCUUCACAAACCACAACGACAUCCCUGGAUAUGAAAGUAGUUUGACAAUAAGAAACACUGGGGGGGGGGGACCACUGGUGUGGGGACCCCCGUUCAACUUCUUUAGUUAUGUUUGUGGUGUUCCUCAAGGUUCCGUUUUAGGUCUUCUCUUUUUCACCAAUUGGGCUAUUCAACUGGUGAAAAAAGAUGAUCAAAGAUUAGCUUCUUAGCAAAAGGUCUUUAAAAACAGCAGAACACUCUUGUAACUCUGACAAAAGAAAUACACAAAAUUCAAAUAUCUACUGUAGAGAAUGCUGGUUCUACAGAAUAUACAAAACAAUUUAGUGGAAUAUCCCUGCUCUUGGGGCAUCAUUAUAACAAUUAUAAAAUCAAGUUAGUAUCAUAUGGGUCCUUUAAACCUCGCAGUAAUGUCAAUGUCAGAUUUGGUCCAUUAAAAUACUGAUUAAAAAAAGGAUGCUGCCUUUUUGUUUUGUUUUUUGUUUUUAAAAACUGUUUAUUCGCCUCACAGACAAUGUUAUAAUAAAAAAAAAGAUAACAGUGUA